CCCAUUUACGCCCAGGGAACUUGUUGGUGAUCCUCUCGUUCGCCCGAGUAAAGAAACUAAGAAGAGUGCACGGCAACCUGUUUAUUAUCAGUCUCGCAGCAGCGGAUCUCAUUGUUGGUACUCAGACCCUCCCCAUUAUAGCUGUCAAUGUCUAUUCAGCAGGUGCGUACAAGUUUGGAGAUAUAUGGUGCAACAUAUCAGCGUACCUGGACGAUGUUGCUAUAGUCGCCUCGGUCUGGAUCCUUGGUGCUUGUUCCAUUGACAGGCUGCUCUGUAUUGUUAGACCUUUCCAGUACAAGCGAUUAGUGACUAAAAAGAGGGUGUUUGUUGUCACUCUUACUUUGUGGGUUUACGCUAUACUUCUCUCUUCAGCUCCACUGCUUGGAUGGAAUGAAUUCUCAUUUUCUACGUUUACUCUGUCAUGCGCUAUGAACCCUACAAUGCACGGCUACCACAAGUACUACUUCCUGCUAUUCCAGAUAGGCUCCUUUCCUGUUCCGCUUGUAGUUGCUGGAUACUCCUACACAAAGAUAUUCACAAAGUUGCUGGCAAUGAAAAAUAAAGUUAAGAUAACACAGAAUCAGAGGAACAAAGGGAAAAGAAGAAUGAAGCCAAACCAAAAGGCAGCUAUCACAGUGUUCGUUGCUUGCGGAGCAUUCAUGUUCUGUACUUUACCAUCAACCUUGAUAGGUAACGCAUUUUGGUUUGGUAAAGAAUACGAGAUUGAUAGAAAGUUACUAAUGGCCACUGCUUGGGUACUUUACUUCAACUCAGCUCUUAACCCUAUCAUAUACGGCGUCUUCAACCCAGAAUUUAGGUCAGCAUAUAAAAGAAUCAUCACAAGAAGAAGUAGUAUGGACGCGUCUAGCAGGACUGCAACAGUAAUGGGUCAACUCAGUCCACUUCGACGAUUGGAGAGACAUCAUAGCAAUGCUGGUACAAUUCGUCAGCACGUAGAGAAUACGAUAAGGUUCAGAGAGAGUUUGAAAAGUACACGAGUGAGAUCUCAGAGUUGCGUGUCAAUGUGUACAGCUGACAACAAAUACAGAAGCGUGUCUUUAAUUACCCAGGCCAGAUCGUCCAACCUUGCGUCUGUAAGUGAGAGUCCCCUGCGUGGAGACUUCACCCUGACAGCUCCUAGAUCUUCUGUAUCAUCCGGACCGUCUGGCUCUUCAGCACCCAACGACUCUGUCUUCACCAGCACAGUCUUCUCUAACAUCUUGGGGAUGUCCUCUGUGGACAGUUCAACUUCAAGGCGUGGCUCCUUGAAAAAUAUGCCUGCUUAAUGAGUUGCAGUAGAAGUAGAUGUCUCUUUGAACACUGAACUUUCUUUUCAGGAAAUGUGAAGGAGCGUGCAUGACUACUUGAUAUGAAAGCUGUACGUGUAAGCAUUUGUACUUUGGAUUAUUCGGAAAGCUGCAAUGGCACAAUUAUGCGAAUCCAUUUAGGACAAGGCUUUGAUUAAACAGUCAUUUCCAGAAAUCUGUUUUAUUGAACAUAUAAUUAUGUUUCCCAUUGUAUUGCCAGUUGUCACUGCCUAAUAGGUUGAACAUAUACUCACAUUGGUUGAAGGGGUAAAACGGUCUGAAUUCUGAGUAUUUGGACUGAAAAUUAUAUUCAAGCAAUCAAACCUCUGGCCUCAAGACUUGACAUUUUUAUUGUCCCUAAUUUUCUGAUUUCAACCAUAUUGAACAAAGGAAAAGUGGUUAACAUGUCUGUUUCAAGGUUAAUGUUGGUUGUCAUAUUGCUAGCUAUAAAAACCAGGUUUUGAACCAUCAGCAAGUGAUUUAGUGACAGAAUUAUAAAUCUGUUUAUGUGAUUGGCGUAUAUUUUGAGAUUGCUUGAUUUAGUAUGACGAUUUUGACUUGGAUUUGCUUUGAAUUAUACUUUUAUUUU